AUGGCGUUAUGGUCUAUUGCGAAAAUGAUGCAUAUGUCAUUCUGGUUCGGCACCGAUCUCGGAACAUUUUUAUUCAAUGGAUUCAAUGUUACAACUAUUAGAGGAUUUUUCUGCACAUGUUUGGGUCUUAUUGCUAUAGCAAUUAUUUACGAAGCAAUGAAAACAUUACAAAUAAAAUUACAUCAAUUGACCAAAGCUGCACUAGCAGUAGAUGACUCACAAGCUACUGAAAAUUCUUCGCUACUAUCACAAAUUGUACCUACGUUCCCACGAUUCUCUUCAUCUUCUCAAAGGUGGGGAAUAAUUUUAUGGACUUUUGAAGUAUUACACUAUUCAGCUCAAACAACAAUCGGUUAUAUUGUUAUGUUAGUUGUAAUGACAUAUAAUAUUUAUAUUUGUAUAGCAUUAAUUAUUGGUUCUGCCAUCGGAUAUUGGAUAUUUUCACCUAUACUACUUUAUUUUAAUUUGAAAGAAUUAAAACAAAAAAAUAAAAAUAUUUCCUGCAGUCCAGGAUGCUCAGAUUCAAUUUCAACAAUUGAGAGACGACCAUCUAGUUUAUCUGCUAUUGCUGAUCAAUCAGCAUCAGAAAUAGUGGCUGAACUCCAUAGUAUAACCGAUAUAGAAGAAAAAUAA